AAUAUUCUAACACUCCAUAGGGUCACACUGCCAGACUGAAUUGCUUUCAUAGACGCACAGGUGUGAAACCAUGAGUAAUCAGAAGGGGCUUUCUAUGUUUAUUGGUAUCUCUUGAAGAAUUUUAGGAAAGAUUAUUUAAUUACCAGUAAUGACAUUUCUCAAGAUCACUUUUCCAUGCCUAAUUUCAUUUACUUGAUGGUAAUUCUGAAGAUUAUACUAAACAUUCCCGUACAUGCAAUCUGAAAAGUUAUUCUCUUUUACUCUCACAGCACCUGCCCCUUAAUUCUCUAUCUUCUAGAUAAACUCCUCCUCGGUUUCCUUUUGCAGUUUUCUCAUCUCCUUUUAUUUCACAGGGAUGCUGCACCGAGAGGGGAGGGUAGGAUUGCUGCGCCGGCUCUCCGUUGUUGUGGGGCGGGGCAGCGCCCUGAGGGGGCGGGGUCCGCUCGCAGCCGACGCCGCGCAUGCUCGUCCCGCCGGCCGGCACCGCCCGCUUCCGGUGCCCGCCAUGUUUCUUUCCAAAAGUGCUCAGCCAGACCCAGCAGAGGAAGCUUCCCGCCUGCGCCCGCCCGCUGGUAUCUCCCGCCCCGCCGCCGCCGCCGUCGCUCGCCAAAGCCCAGGCGCCCUCCAACAGCGACCGCCUGCGGCUUCCUCCCGCCGGCUCCAGGGGCCUCCCUCGCCAGGGACCGGCGCCCUCUUCCUCACGCAGGCCUGUGCUCCUCGCAGCGGCAGCUCACGGUGCGCCCCGAGAGGCGGCAGCGGGCGGCGGUGAGCGGGGUCUGCAGUGGGCCGCCGCGUGGACGGGCUGUCUCCAUGUUGGGGCGUGGCGUCUCCAGCUGCGGGAGGCGCGUGAGUCUGUGCGCGAGGCGGACCUCCGAGGCUGCCGUUGGCAGGUGGCGCAGCCAGAGGCGAGGGCGAGGCGGCGGGAUGCGGGGUCUGCAGUGGGCCGCAGCGUGAACAGGCUGCGCUCCAUCGUGGGCCGUGGCGUCUGCAGCUGCGGGAGGCGCGGGUGUCUGCGCGGAGCGGAUCUCUGAGGUUGGCGGCGGUUGGCGGUG